AUGCUACAGCUUCUGAAACAGUCACAGUACUUCAGCAAAGGAUGAGAAUAGUUGAGGAACAGACCAGUUCUCUGAGGGAUGACCUAAUAAUGUUGGACUUUGGUGAAAAAAGAGGCCACUUGCAAAUUCCGAAACGUUUGGAGGAGCCUGUGAGCCAGAACAUCAUUAGCCCCUAUCCAGAAUGAAAUAAUUUGUUCAGGAAAAACAGAUAUUUUAUGGAAGAACUGUGAGUUUUGGUAAAUCGAAUGUGCCGUCUGGAAAGCCUCAUCCAGUCCUUGAAGAUGAACAUCUUCGUCUGCAAACUGAAAAAGAUUUGAACCCACAGAAAACAGAAGAAUGCAGCCAUUAUUGAAGAGGAACUGAAGACCACAAAAUGUAAAAUGAACCUUAAAAUUCAGGAGCUAAGGAGAUGACUGUCUGAAGAAAAGCACCUAAGGGAAUCUCUUGAGAAACCUGGAUCAGCCAUGCUACUCAAAAUACAAGAAAUGGGAUCAACAGUGGAGGUGGAACGGAAACAGAAUAUACAGAUGUCUUUCAACAAGGAACAUGAAGAAAAUGCAUAUUUGAGGUCUGAAAUAAUAUCCCUUCAUGAAGCAUCAGAAAAAGCACAGGUUUUGAAUGACCAACUGACUAGAAAGUGUGCAGAGCUGAACAGAAUGCUUCAGACUGUUAGAAUGGAAAAUACCAGAAUCAUUGCUGACCACCAAGCCAUUCUGCAGGAAGAACAGAAAAUGAUGACACAGACAUUUCAAGAACAAAACUUACUGCUGGAUGCAGCCCAUGCCGGUAUCACAAAUGAGCUACAGACUGUUCAGAAUGAGAAAACACAACUCCAAAUGCAUCUGGACCAUUUAGUCCUUGAGCAUAACCAGUGUAUCCAGAAAGCACAGGAUGCUGAGAAGAGGGCAGCUGUGCAAAAAGAGCUGCUAGAAUCAACUAUUGCAAGAUUGCGAAGUGAACUGGAAGCAUCAAUACAAGAGAAGACCUCUCUGCUAGAGGAGAAAGAAGGACUUCAGAGAGAGGUUAAUAAAACCGAGAAAGAAAUAGCAGAAGAAAAAUGCAACUUGGAAAAGGAAUUAGCUAAAAGCAAGCUUGCCCAACAGCAGGUGGAAAAUGUCUUGGGAAAAAUUACUGAGAGUAAAAAUAAACUGGCCUAUGAAAAGGGAAGACUACAGAUAAAAGUUAAGCAGCUAGAAGAACAACUACGUUCUUUUACUGAAACCAGUUCACAGAACGACCAUCUACGCAAGUUCAGUAAGGCACUAGAGGGCAAAUAUGCUCAGGUGAAAUCCAUUCUUGAAAAGAAUGAAGGGGAGCUCUCACGAGUUGUGAAGGUUCGUGCUGCAGCUCUGAAAGAGACUCAGAAGUUGAAAGGUGACCUCGAAGCUUUGGAGGACAGGGGGAACAAGAAGGUGGGAAACUUUCAGCGACAACUGGCAGAAGCUAAAGAAGACAACUGCAAAGUUACAAUCAUGUUGGAGAAUGUGUUGGCUUCUCACAGUAAGAUGCAAGGCGCUCUGGAAAAAGUGCAAACAGAGCUUGGGCAGAGGGAUUCAGAGAUUGCAGGCCUCAAGAAAGAAAGGGCUCUAAAUCAACAGCGGGUACAGAAGCUGGAAGCAGAAGCGGACCAGUGGCAGGCCAGAAUCCUUGUCAUGGAGGCCCAGCACAACAGUGAGAUGGAGCCUCUACAGAAAGCUCUAGAUGUAGCUAGAGAAGACAACAGGAAACUGGCUAUGAGCCUGGAGCAAGCUCUCCAGACAAAUAAUCAUCUGCAAACAAAGCUGGAGCGUGUUCAAGAGAAACUGGAGAGCAAAGAACUUGAGCGACAGACUUUGGAAACCUUCAAAGAACAGAUGAGUGAAGAAUCCAAAAUAGAAGCAGAACUGCAUGCUGAACGCAUAGAUGCUCUAAGAAAGCAGUUUCAAAUUGAGAGAGAAACUGCAAAGAAAGCAGCACAACGGGAAGUGACUGAGCUGAAGAAAGCCCUUGAUGAAGCCAACUUCAGAUCAGUGGAGGUAUCCCGGACCAACCGAGAGCUGCGGCAGAAACUUACAGAGUUGGAAAAGACACUGAACAGCAGCAAGGAGAAAAUAAAGAGUCAAAAGGCCCAAAUUAAGCUCCACUUGUCAGCUAAGGCGAAUAAUGCUCAGAAUAUAGAGAGGAUGAAGCAAAUAGAAACAGAAUUGAGGCAAAUGGAGAUAAUUAAGGAUCAAUAUCAGAAAAAAAACUACGAACAGUCACUAAGUAUCCAGAAAUUUGUAUCUGAAAUGACUAACCUACAGAAGGAGAUGCAGCUGUUGGCCAAGAGCCAAUAUGAUCUGUCAGCUCGGAAUAAACAGCAAGAGCUGCGACUCGAGGCAGAGUGGAAGAGGAGGCGGGAGCUGGAGCAUCGGUGCCAGGAAUUGGAAGAAACUAUUAGACAUCUGAAGAAAUGUAAAGAGGCAACAGAGAAUAAACUGAAAGAAGCUAGUGUGGAAUCAGAACAGAUAACAGCUAACCUGGAAGAAGCUCAGCGCUGGUUUAACUGCAGACUCGAUGGCCUACAACUUGAGCUGACCAAAAACCGGUUGCAGAGGGAAGACAGGUGGCCGGAAAAGGACCAAGAUAAAAGGCACAACGGCAUAUCCAAUCAGUCUGCUCUACAUCGAUGGGAGAAUAAACAGAAUCUUAGACUUGUGCCCAAGAAGUGUCAUUCUGAACUAAAGAGAAAGUGAUGUCCUUGACAGAGGAGCUUCUUCACUUAGAACAGCUACAUCACCCUGAUUCCCUGAGCCCAGCAACUAGGGCUGGGCUGUUCCCAACGUCAUCAGAACAUGAAGUCUUUGAUGUGGACUGAAGAUUUUGGACCUGAGUUUAUCCUUUUAUGAACUCUUUGAUAUCAAUAUAGAACCACCCCAUCUUUUUUGUCCCUUUCCCCAUUUUCCCCCCAAUAAAUUUAUAUUAAUGUGUUGUAUGA